AUGGACUUCCCCAUAUUUUCAGCGUCCCAUUCAUCGAUGAUGGAGUUGCACCCUGACGCGAACACGGACAGUCUCUUGGAAUCUGAACGGAGUAUGAUUGAGUGGACACGAUAUCAGCGAUUGUUACAAAGAGAUGGUCAAGCCUCUAAAAAGUGGCAUGAAGAACUCGAAAAGACAUAUGAGAACCUCCCAGAAACCGGGACCCCACCCCACAUCACUGGUCGACCUCCCGAGUCGCCCGAGCGUGAGAACAUCAAUAAUUCCAAGUUCGACUUGCAUAAAAUCGUCCCACAAUCUCUUUUUCCUCUAUUCAUACUUUCCUUCACCUUGAAGCUUCGCGAAUUGUUACCUUCUCGGAAAACCUUGAAGUCAACCUUGAAGCACGGAAGAAAUAUACCAAUAAUGGCUCCGAAGACAUACGUUUGGAUCUCGUUAUGGUUUCUAGUCACUUUCCCGGUGAUCUUUUGGGAUGUCGGAUUUUGCUUCAUGAGGCCGCGUUCAUUCGAGGGUGGAGAUUUGCAUUGGUAUUGGUCCCCAUACAAAAUCUAUCAGAAAGUUGAUCUGGUGUAUGGUGUCGAAGCCUACAGGCGUGGAGACGGAUUUGCGGCUGCCCAAUCUUUCUUGAAUGUUAUCGAGAACUUGUUGAAUGGGGUGUAUCUGUACACCGCCCACGUUGCUAAGUGGCCUCCCGCAACCCUCGUGGGCUUCACGGCUGCUGCUCUCACACUCGCAAAGACGGCGUUGUACUGGGCGCAGGAGUACUUCUGCAAUUACUGUGCUGUCGGGCACAACGACCUCAAGACUCUCCUUGUUUACUGGAUACUUCCUAAUGGUCUAUGGCUCCUGUUCCCCGGUUUGAUUGUGUACACGCUGGGCAAGGACCUCGUAAGCCAGCUCAACUACGCGGACAAGGCAGCAAAAAUGGCGAAAUUGCAGAAGGGAAGAUAA